AUGACUUCCAGCGACUUCACAGAGCUGCUGCACGCGGCACCUUCGUCGCCACGUACAGGCAAGGACGGAAUCGGCCUGCGGGAGAAGUGGCCCUCGCGCCCCGAACUGGGCUGGCUCGGCAUGACGCCCAACUCAUUUGCGACCGACGAGUUCUUGCACGGGCUCUAUCCGUCAUCGGCGAGGGCCGGGAGAAGCAACGGCGCCAGGGACACGAAGUAG